AGAUAAAAAGCUGGGAGCCUGAAAUUCAAAAUGGCAAGGCGAGUAUGGUAAAUUUGUAAUCACGCGUCAGGCCCCAGCUGUUCAUCCCCACCCUCUCUCGCCAAACCGUCACCGGAGCAAGCCUGCCUCCUCUUCCUCACGCUUUUGCUAAACCAGAUCUACAAGAAAUUGAGCUCGAUUCGAAUCAAUCCAAGGCUAGAAGAGAAUACGCAUUGAUUCGAAUCGUUAGAGGCGUCUUCAUAUUCAACCCCACCAGAAAUGGGGGAUUUCAAUUUAGCCCUAGUGAUCGUUGCAAUAAUCGUGUGCGUGCUGGUCUUCAUAUUCAAUGUCUACCUCCUUGUCAAUUACCAGCACCCUGAUGAUGCCAAUCAAGCCUACUUCCCCAAAUUCGUUGUUGUUCUGGGGCUCUCCAUCGCCGCCAUCUCUAUUUUAAUGCUCCCGGCAGACGUUGCCAAUCGACAGGCCUGUCGCCACGCGAUAUAUAAUGGCGCGUGCAACCUCACGCUUCCGAUGAAGGAUUUGUGGCUCGCUAUUUAUAUAGUGGAUGCAGUUCUUGUUUUCUUUGUUAUCCCGUUCGCCAUGUUUUAUUACGAAGGAGACCAGGACAAGAGUGUGGGGAAGAGGCUGAAAAGUGCACUAAUUUGGGUGAUUUUGACAGCUGUUGUUUGCGCUCUUCUUCUUGGGAUUCUAUACGGGCUUGUGGGAAAGGUGGAUUUCACUGUUAGGCACCUAUCAUCAUCUACCUCAAACUUCCCAUCAUCAUGGGACUUCUCCAACAGUCAACAAUGUAUUGGGAAUGGAGCAAAACAGUGCUCUGCAUAUUCCGCCAAUGCUUCAUCUGAGACAACUUGGACUAUGCGCUCUACCUUCCCGGAAUAUGUUGUUGCGCUUGCUACAAUUGUUGGAUCUGUGCUUUUCACUAUUUUUGGUGGUGUUGGCAUUGCUUGCCUUCCACUGGGACUCAUAUUUUCAUUUAUUCGGCGCCCAAAGGCUGUUAUCACACGCUCGCAGUAUAUCAAGGAAGCCACUGAACUGGCCAAAAAGGCAAGAGAACUUAAAAAAACAGCUGAUGCACUUCACCAGGAAGAAAGGAGUGGCAAUAAGGGAAGAAAAUGGCGCAAAAAUGUGAAAGCAGUAGAAAAGGAGGUACUUCUUUUGGAAGAAGAUGUCAAGGCCUUGGAAGAGAUGUAUCCUCAAGGUGAAAAGGCUGAAGCAGCUUGGGCUAUGACUGUGCUUGGCUACCUUGCCAAAUUGGUCCUUGGAGUUCUGGGGUUGAUUGUUUCAGUAGCUUGGAUCGCACAUAUUGUGAUAUACUUACUGGUCGACCCUCCUCUUUCUCCAUUUCUUAACGAGGUCUUCAUCAAGUUGGAUGACAUUUGGGGUCUUCUGGGUACUGUAGCAUUUGCAUUCUUUUGCUUCUACCUUCUGCUUGCUGUAAUUGCUGGGGCGACGAUGCUGGGGCUGAAAAUUGUUUUUAUAACCAUCCAUCCUAUGAAAUGGGGAGCUACACUUAUGAACUCAUUUCUGUUUAAUGUAGGCCUCAUUCUUCUUUGCUCAAUCAGUGUGAUUCAGUUCUGUGCUACUGCCUUUGCCUAUUAUGCCCAAGCAACUGCAGCUCAAGAAAUAUUUGGUCAUACCUUGCAAUCUCUUCGUGGAAUCAAAUAUUUGUACAAGUACAAUGUGUUUCAAAUUGCAUUCAUCGUUUUAGCGGGUCUCACAUUUGUAUAUUAUGCGGCAUUUGGGUGGAGAAGAAAAAAGCCUAGCGGCAGGUUCCAGCUUUCCACAUAAAGAUGCUGCUUAUCUGCGCUUGAAUCUGCUGGAUUUCUUGGUGUAUCAUUUACAGACUGAUGUUAAUUCUUGGAUGCAUGUGGCUCGGUUUUGUUUGCUUUGUUGCCUGGGGAAGACCAGCAUCAUUCAAGAACCAAUGAAAUUGCGACACUGGAAUUUUCAUGAUCAUUGGGUUAGUAUUGCUGUCGCCCCUGCUUUUGCUGCAUUCGCUUGUUUUUGACCCCUGUGUAUGUAUCUUCUAUUUUAUUAUUUUAUAUACCUGUCUUUGCUUGUACUUAUUAACAUGUGAGGGCUUGGACUUGUGAUUUGAGAAUUUAACAUUUGAUGUAAUUUUGUGUCAAUGAGCGCUAAUAUUUGUACUGUGGCUUCUUUGCCAUGUAAUUAUAUCCAUUGGUGUUUACGUUAA